AUGUCUUCUCUAUCGAGAAACCAGGCUUGGAUCUCGAGAUCUCAGAAUAAUUCACUGGUCAAUUUGAUGAAAGCCGCGCGGCCAGAAUGCGUCGACUCCGAGGCGAAGAAGCCCGGCUCUUUUGGAGAUGUACGAAACGCCUCAGAUUCCUUCACGCUGCCGGGCGUGGAGCAGCAAGGCCUUCAGAACUGUUUGAAAAGGCUUUUCUGGUCGGCUGUACCAACAUCGAGUGCCAGUCAGAAAUAUACUCCUGCUGGGGCGUCGACCUCGGCGUCUUCGACCGGCGCCACAUUACAGUCUGCUGCUAGCCGCUUGCCUCCCUUUCCCAAUACUCAACUACCUCCAAAUGUAAGCGGCGUUGGCUCCAGUCCGUCUCCAACUCCGGCUGCUACCGCCCAGCAAGCACCCUCGAUGUUUCGCUUCUGGGUUUUGCUAGGGGUCGAAGGUUCACGCCACUCCGUCCGAAUCAAUCACAUUGCCAUCGAUCAUAAUACAAACGACGGUAGCUUCUAUCGUUCGCUGAAGGAAUGCUAUAGGAGAAGUAGAGGACCAAUGUGUUAUUGGCUUUCGAUGUGGAGGCUACACUAUUGCAAUGUGGUGAAGUUCAAGCGGGUUGCACCCCGAUGGGUCAUCACAGAACGUAAAGACUUGCCAACGAGUCUGGAGUACAAAUACGCACCACGACCUCCACACGCCGAAAAUCCUCCCAUACCCCAACACGAAUUUGAUAUGCAUCUUCAUGCAUGCGUCCAGCCAUGCAUCUGGUCUAGGUUCCAUGACUGUAUGCCGGAACUCAACACCACUAUUGUCCUGGAAAGUAUACCCAAGAAAGUCAGUCAAUUCGACGUCGACUCCGACCAGGUGGUAGAUGCUUAUGCAUGGGGACUUGAGGCAAAGUACGCUGUAUCUGCCAUGUAUGUGGCUAUCUACCAUCUCAUUAUAUUUGCGUUCCCUUUUGGGUUCUGGGCAUGGUGGCUGCAUGGGCAUCCCAACGAUCUCCAAGGAGCUUCCGUUCCCGCCACCAUCGCCCUUGGGCUCCUCUCUCUCUUUUGGAGCACCAACGGUAUUCUGACUGAGGGACGUCACGCCCGCUAAUGUCAGUUCUCGAGGUAUUCUCCAAUUUCUGGAGACGGGGAAAGGGGGUCAGCAUCCUAAGGUAGUCGCAACACCUGCCCACUGGAACUCAGCGUUGUGGCCGGGUUUGAAACUCGACUGCUCUUUGCCAUAAGUAGUUGAAGCAGGAUCGUAUUGGUAACAUUGAG